AUUAAUUUUAUUUUUGAUCAGCCAUGUACAAUGUCUACACUUUUGAGAAAAAGAUUCAUGAAACUCAAUCAAAAGACUCUUUAAAGAGAGAGAUGUAUAAGACGAAUUCGUUUAGAGAUAAGAAGUUUGUAAAGAGAAGAGAAGAUCUUGCGAUCAGGUAUAGACAGAGAAUGACUGAUUUUAUUUCAAAAAUAUCAGAUAGGACUCUAAUCCAGAAUCAUCCAUACACCGUAGAAAGUUCUUUAGACCAAGGGAAAAGUAUGAGAUCGACUUUUAGAACAGAAAAAGAAAGAAUCAACGCUAGUGUGGAGAAUAAUAGCAUCUUUGAUUCUACUCCUUCUCCAAAUCUGGAGAAGUCUUUCCAAUUGAGGCCAAGACAACCUGAGAAGGAAAUAGGCGAUCCUAAAUUUCGACACCAACCAAAGACCACAAUUGAGCGGGUCAUGGACGCGAUUCAGAAAAAUGCAUUACUCGAUGCAGAUUACAAACAGAAGCAAACUCUCAGUGUAUCUCCAAUAAGAGGGUUCAGAAAUAGGGCUCCUCAUUACUCAAGUGUGAUAACUGCCAAAGGAUCAAAGAAAAGUAGUUCUAGACAAACUAGCCAUAUCUCAAUCAAAGCCAAGAAUCUAUUGCCACAUCUUCAUGAGAAGACGCAUUAUAAGGCAGCUACCACAUUUACUCUGUCUCAUCCUCAGAAUUUCUACUGACCAAGGUCAAACUCAGGGAAGAACCAGAAGGAAAUUAUUAGCCAGAAAGUCUUAUAUAGUGCUUUUAAAAAUAUUGAAGGGAAGCAUAGGGCUAUUACUUCUCAAUACGGCCAACAAACUGACUACACUCCUAAUGCAAGAAUCCCAACAGAAGCCUCAGAUGGCAUUGAUGCUGGGAAUAUUAACAUCUCCGAUAUUACUAGAGAAGUUCUCAGGAAAAAUUACAUUUUUAGACAGAAAUCCCAAGAGAUACGAAAUGCUACAAUAGCAAAAAGUAAACUUCUUCAGAAAUAGAGUCAUGACUAAAGCCCGAUUAGAUAGCAAUAUUCCUAAAAAGAUGCUUUUCAGAGAUCAUAUUGACGCUUAUAGUCCCAAAAAGAAAGUUAAGAAGCUCAAGAGGAAUAAUUCCUCUAAGCCAAUUUGAGUUGAAAUUGAUGAGAAGUUCCUUUCGAGCUCCUCUGAUGGGUCUAAUCACUCUCCCACAGCACAUGGAGGAGCUAAGCUCACAGGGAAAAGUACUAAGAAAGUGAAAGUGCCGGUCAUCCACAAGUUCAAUGAUAAAGAUGAAAGCAAUUUUAGUAUUAAACUCUAA